UUCUUUUUUUUCUUGGGCUCUGGGGUGAACGUGGGUGAACGGACUUAGACUAUUAUGAGUUUGGAAGAACCAACACAUGCACAUACACACAGGACUGUAGGAUCUAAUCAGAAAGUUCACUCCCGUACGUACAUCUCUGACGUCGAUUACUUUUCCUUCCGGGGUAGCUUAUUUCCUGUCAAUGCCGCGCUUCCUGCGUAAAAGGUCCCAAACAAUCCAGGUCCCAAACAAUCCGUGUGAACUGCUGGGGCAUGGGAACAGCCCCAAGUUUAAUGAAUUGAAGCGCAGGGCUUUAUCACCCGGAACUUCGAAUUAAGCUCUCAUGUCCCUGGGAGGUCACCACUGACUGAAGUUCCGGACAUCUCGGCGCAUGGCAUAUAUGGGAAAAGAUUUGUGCGCAUGGCGCGGAGGGAGGGGAGAAGAGAGACGAGGAAGCGCUUCCGGUUACAGUUGCUAAGGUGGCUGCUUGCACGACUGUCUCCCUCCGCAUUCCCCCGUCCGGGGGUCAACAUGUCGGGGCUCAACAAGAUAGAGCUGGAGGGCUGUCGUGACCUGCUAGGCCUAAUGGAAACUUCCGAAAUCCUCGCGCUAUGCGACACCAUCACCAACCGCCUGGUUCAGCCCCAGGACCGCCAAGAUGCCAUUCGUGCAGUAUUAGCUUAUAGUCAAAGUGCUGAAGAACUUCUGAAGAGAAAGAAAGUAUACAGAGAAAUCAUAUUUAAGUAUCUAGCAAUGAAAGGAGUGAUUGUACCUCCAGCUUCUGAAAAGCACAAUCUUAUUCAAUAUGCCAAAAAUCACUGGAACAAGCCAGAGUUGAAGGUGAUGGAGGAAACACUGGAGAAAGUUCCAAGUACAGAAGACACCAUACUAUGUGAACAAGAAAAAAGAGAAAAAACCCCUGAACAAUUUGAUGAUUGUUACAAAUUAGGAGAAGAAUUCUGCCAGUGGUUCUUUGAGCUUCUCAACUCUCAGAAUCCUUUCUUUGGACCACCCCAAGAAAAAUGGGGACCACAGCACUUUUGGGAUGAUGUCAAGCUAAAAUUUUGUUACAACACAUCAGAACAAAAUGUGAUAGACUAUCAUGGUUCAGAACUGGUGAGCCUUCGUUUACUAUCUCUGGUGAAAGAAGAGUUUCUAUUUCUUAAUCCCAACUUAGAUUGCAAUGGAUUGAAGUGUGUAUCCUCUCCACAUGGAUUAGUUGUAGUUGCAGUUGCUGGCACUGUCCACCGAGGCAGUAUGUGUUUAGGCAUCUUUGAACAAGUAUUUGGCCUCAUCCGCAGCCCUUUUCUAGUAAACACUUGGAAAAUAAAAUUUGUCAAUCUGAGGAUUGUUGGACAGAAUUCCCUUGAACCUGGAGUGACAUUGGAGAAGCCUUCAAUUACAUUGGAAUCCAAAGAAUUAGAAUUACUAUAUAAUGGAAAUGGAGCAACAUGUAGUAGAAAUGAAGCAUUGCUUACUGAAACCCCUGUUUUAUGUAGUGGAAGUGGAAACCAGGCCCUAUGUCAUGAAAAUGAGGCAUCACGUAACACGUAUGAGUUGGAAUUACCUAAUUUAAAACACUGAGUACUGUAUGUCAAAUUAAAAAAAACCUUUUUAUUCAGAACCUCUUCAGCUUAUGCUGUACCAAUAUUGCUCAGAUGAUUUCAGGCUUGCAGGGUUGGCAUAUUUUAGUUAGGAUACUGUUGUUGACUACAAACUAAAAUUUUAUGUUGAUGCAAUAUCUCUUUCCACUUCAGUUUGGACAAAUAUUAUGAGAUCUUGAUCCCAUUCACCAAAUAAAUUUCACUUUAGAUUUCAUGACUAAUAAUGUGCCUUAGAAAUCAAGCAAUAUUUUCAUUUUAUUUUGCAGAAAUUCUAAUUCUUCUUUCUAAAUGUUUACUUUGUAAUAGAAAAAAGGGUACAAUAAUUUGCAUAAUUUCCUUCUAAUUCUUAUUUUAGAAAUAUUUUAUUGAGCAGCUAUUACAAAAUAGAAUAUAUAGUUGUAAUGGAAAUCAUACCCUCUUGAGUUGGUAACCUUAAUGCAAAAUCAAAUACUUGAUAAACUCUUGUAUUUAAUUGUAUUUAAGGAAAAAUGCCAGUGAUUUAUUAUGUGGCGGCUAUUCAUUGUACAAGUUAUAUACCUUUCAAAAACAUCAAAAUGUAUUUUCCCAACCUAUUCUGGCACUGGCAAAUGUUAAUUUCAAAAUGAGCUAACACUGAACCUAAUUUAUGCCUACUUGAUAAAAGAUGUGUCUUUUCACUACACUUUUGAAAAUUCCUAUUGCAAAGUCAUCUUGAUUGGUGUAAGUUUUUUUUUUUUUAAUAGUAAAUUUCAGUCAGGUGUUUUUUGUAUUUAUUGAUAUUUUUUCCCUGCUUAAUUUUUUUACUUGAUUUGGAUUAUACACUUCAAUUGCCAGGAAUAAAUUAAUGAAAAUAGA